GUGAGUAUCAAAAAUCGACCACUCCAGAGUCGAAGUGAAGACCAUUCAGGUUGUUGUAAACUGAACAUUAUCAAGCACCAUAUCUGAAAAAUGUCAGACACAUCUAUUGCAUUAAAUAAUUUCUUAUUGUUGGGAUCAUCAGGUGCAUUUGCUAAUUUUGAACCUGAACAAUUAUUAAGUAAUCAUGAUAAAUUAGAACAAUUCUUAUUAUCUAAUGGUGAUUCAUUAUCCACACUUGAAUUGUAUAGUCUAUAUGAAUUACAAUUCUAUUUAGCAUUAUUGACCAAACAUGAUAUAGAAGCCAAGGCCAUGUUGGAUAGAUUGGUUGAUCAAUUUGGUGCUAAUGCUAAAUCUCAACGUUUAAAAUUAUUACAAUCUAUAUAUUUAGAAGCAAUUGGUAAAAGAGAUGAAGCAUUAGCUUUAGUUAAUAAAAGUCCUAAUGAAUUAAAAUUGGCUAGAAGAUUAGUUACUUUUGGUCGUAAAGCUGACUCUAAUGAUAAUGAAGAUUAUAUUCUGACUUUAACUUAUUAUUUGGAUUUACAACCAACUGAUUUAGUUACUUGGUCAGAAUUAGGUCAUGAAUAUAGUAAAAUUGGUCAUUAUGAUAAAGCUAUAUAUUGUUUUAAAGAAAUAUUAUUACAAGAUGCACUUAUAUAUCCUAUAUUUUAUAAAGUGGGAUUAAAUUAUUAUUACAACUUUUUACAAGAAGAGAAGAAUUUAAAAACAGAAAGAAAAGAUAAGUUACUUGAAUUAUUAAAUAUUUUAAUAAACUCUAGGAAUAAUUAUUUAAGAGCAGUAGAAAUCUUUGAUGAUUAUACAAAGGCUUGGGUAGGUAUUUAUAUCAUUACACAAUUAGGAUCAUUUAAUGAUAAAUUAAAGAAAUUAGGUGAUGGUGGAAUAAAAGAAGUAAAAGAAUACUUGGAAUAUAAUGAAAAAUUAAGCAAAUUGAGUGAUAAACGGAUUCAAGAAUUAGCUCAACCAGAAGAGUAUGCAAAGAUACUAAAUGAUAUUAAAAAAUAAAUGAAUACUACAGUUU